CGAGCCGUGAGCCCCAGAUGCGCGCUCGGGCGCGCAGCCGGGCGCGCCCCGCGCUGCCCCCCGGGGGUAGCCGCGCAGCGAUGCCGAGCGGCGCUGGCAGCCUGGCCGUCAGGCCUGGCAUGCGGUGCCAGGACGCCGGACCCGGGCGCCGGCGAGGCCGAGCCGCGGGCCAACGCCCGCAGCGCCAGCGGCGCCAGGGGCGCGCAGCCCAGGUGUUUUUGCAUACAUGUUCGUGGAUUGUUUCAUCGCGGUGUACCGCAAGCAGAUGACGAUAGAUUAUUUGGUGGCAUCUGUACAGCGUGAUGGUGGGAUUGGUAUUUGCAAUCGGCAUCCAGGUGUUCUGGGACUGCGAAAUCGCGAAGAAGCUGCGGAGGGUUAUGGCAUCACCACCCGAAGCAAAGGCCGCGCGGGGCCUCGUGCCCGCUCCUCCCCCUCGGGCGCAGGGCACGGGGGCCUGGGGCCGCGCGGCGGGCGCGGGGUGCCGCGGCGGCCCGGCGGGGGCGCAACGCUGCACGCGCAUUACAGUCGGGGGCCGCGCAGAUUUCUCGCAUCUCGCAUCUCGCAUCGGCGCGGGCGGCGCCGCCUCCGACGCCGCCCAUCGGCGCGCUCCCUGCGCCAGGGAGGGGGGCCUCUAGGUCCAGCGCUGGUCCAAGACGUCCGCGCGGACCUGCGAAGAUUGAUGCGUCUGCCAGUGCUUGUUGGCGGCGCACAGAGGGGCGGCCCUGAUCAGCAGGCCGACCCUGCCGAAUCAAGGGUACCCUUGGGUAUGUACCCCUGUGCCCUGUGCCUCGCGACCCUUGCCUCCCACAUCCCCCAUGGCCAUGUGGCCCUCGGAAGGGUCUCGUGCCCUCCCGCGAGUCCUGUCCAAUCCGGGCCGACUGCACCCCCCUGCGGCGCGCCGCCAGCAGUGGCUGCCCCGCGGGCCAGGCCCGCGGGCCUCGCAGGGCCGGGCGGCGCCGCGGCAGACCGCUGGAGGGCGCGGCAGAGGUGCCGGAA